UGUUAUAAAAGUUUCAAUUACCCAUAGGUGGUCUUGGAACAUAUCCCUUGUGGAUACAAAGAUCAUACUGUAUUGUGCUUGAAGACUUCCAUGCCAUUCUGCUGGUAAUCUGAUACUGUGCCCUGAGCUGUUCCAAAGGAACAACCAAUCUCUCUCUUUCUCUGUUUACACGGUCUUUCCUCACUGCUUUCCCGUCGUGCCUUGCUGACCCAAGGAAAGUCUGCAGGAGCCAUGGCAGGGGGACGGGAGAGGGUCGCUCAUUUGUUGAAGCAACUGCACCGAGCCUCAUGUGCGUGCCCUGCUCAUUCCCAUGUUUAUUCACAAGGUAUUGGACAUGCUGCAUCAGGGAAAACAGACUAUGCUUUUGAGAUGGCUGUUUCCAAUAUUCGAUAUGGAAAAGGAGUUACUAAAGAAGUGGGCAUGGAUCUGCAUAAUUUGGGUGCCAGAAAGGUUUGCGUGAUGACAGAUAAAAACCUUUCUCAGCUCCCUCCUGUGAAAGCAGUUCUGGAUUCUCUGACCACAAAUGGUAUAAACUUCCAAAUGUAUGACAAUGUCAGAGUGGAGCCAACAGACCAGAGCUUCAUGGAUGCCAUCAUGUUCGCUAAAAAGGAAGAGUUUGAUUCCUAUGUCGCUGUUGGUGGAGGUUCGGUCAUAGAUACCUGUAAAACUGCCAAUCUCUAUGCAUCCAGUCCAGAAUCAGAUUUUUUGGAUUAUGUUAAUGCUCCAAUUGGAAAAGGCAAGCCUGUGAACAUCACUCUCAAACCAUUGAUUGCAGUUCCUACAACUGCUGGAACUGGAAGUGAAACCACUGGAGUUGCUAUUUUUGAUUAUAAAGAACUAAAAGUAAAAACUGGCAUUGCUUCCAGAACUAUUAAGCCCUUAUUGGGUAUAAUUGACCCUCUACAUACUCUUUAUAUGCCUGAGCGUGUGACAGCUAAUACUGGCUUUGAUGUGCUUUGUCAUGCCCUCGAAUCCUAUACUGCCCUUCCUUACCAUCAGCGUAGUCCCUGUCCUUCAAAUCCAGUGAACCGACCAGCUUAUCAAGGAAGUAAUCCUAUCAGUGAUGUUUGGGCCAUCCAUGCAUUGCGGAUCACUGCUAAAUAUUUAAAGAGAGCCAUCAGGAACCCCGAAGAUGAAGAAGCAAGGGCUAGCAUGCAUCUAGCAAGUGCGUUUGCUGGCAUUGGUUUUGGAAAUGCUGGUGUGCAUCUGUGUCAUGGCAUGUCUUACCCUAUUUCCGGCUUGGUGAAGAAUUAUAAAGCAAAGGAUUAUCGUGUGGAGCAUUCUUUAGUGCCACAUGGCCUUUCCGUUGUCCUUACAUCCCCAGCCGUGUUUACUUUCACAGCACCAAUGUGUCCUGAGCGUCAUUUGGAAGCUGCCCAUAUACUGGGAGCUAACAUCAGCAAUUCCAAAGUCAGAGAUGCUGGGCUUAUUUUGGCAGACACCCUCCGGGAAUUCUUGUUUGACCUGAAUGUUGAUGAUGGCUUAGCUGCUCUUGGUUAUUCUUCAGCUGAUAUCCCUGCCUUAGUUAAAGGCACAUUGCCCCAGGAACGAGUGACUAAAUUAUCUCCACGUCCCCAAACUGAAGAAGAAUUAUCUGCUCUGUUUGAAGCUUCCAUGAAACUGUAUUAGCUUGACAAACAUUGACGCUUUCUCAGUAAUAUCUUAACCUUUAUUGAAAGGGAAUAAAGAAGUUCAAAACAUACGAAUGCCAGCCAUAUAGGACGAAGGCUGUCUCCUCUUCUUUCUUCAUCCCUGUCAGUGGAACAACCUUCUCUGCCAAAGGGUAUUGGUGUCUCACCAAACUACAACUCCCAUGAAUGCAUUCCAUUGAGCCGAGUCAAACUGCAUUAAUUCUACAGUGUAGAUGCACCCCAAGUUAAGGGCCGCACAUGGUGCUGAAUACCUCCUGCAAUGCAUCAACAAGUACAUACGCUGGCAUAAUGAGAGGUUACACCAGCAUAUGCCACCCACAGCAUUCCAACCAAUGUUAUCCACAGAGCCAAUGCCAAAACAGAACCUGCCAUAUUUCUGUGACUUCAAGUAGCCAAACUUCUCACCAAUAAGCGUGGCUGAAAUAGACUAUCUAAAUGUUCACCUGUGGUUUCAGAUUUCCUGUGAUUCUAAAUAUUUUCUACAAUGUUAAAGAAUGUUUUUAAUUCUUGUAAAGAGACCAGUUUAGUCAGAGUGUUGCCACUGUAAAAGUAAUGCCUUUUUCUUACUUCUAUAAGGAAGCUUAAAAUAAUAUCUGGGGCAACACAUUUUUAUGAUUAAUAUGCAACUGACCUAAUAAAUUUUAAUAAUGUCCACUUUAAGAA